GGGAGUGCCCGGUGACGAGGGCUCGCUCCCUGAGGAAGGAGCUUCCUGCUCAGGUGAGCCCGGGAUGGCGGUAGCCGCUCCCGACCGCCGAGGCGGCCCUGGCAAGGUGUGGGGAGCAGAGGGGAGCUGGAGACCGCCUGGCCGGGGUGGCUCCCGAAACCUUCCCUGGUCCCGGGUUCUCUCGGGGGAAGACCGGGGCUCCCUCACGAAAACGGCCCCCACGUUCCCGCUGACAUACGUGUAAAGCGCCAAGGAAAACACUGUCAGGUCCUAGAACGAUAGCGACUCUUGACGUCUAUAAUCUUUUGUCAGAAGUUAUAGUUUGAAGACAUAAAGUUGUGUGCUCAAAGGGGAACCAGCAGCUGCCACAAAUACGAAGGAAUGCGAGGAAAAUUUCUCUUUCCACAGCGCCAGGUAUGAGGAAGAAUAGUUAGUUCCCAGUCUGUAUGGCGGCGUGCCAUUCAAAGGGGAGUACGAUGAGGGCAUCAUUCCCGACGGAAAAGAAGAUCGUUGUGAGUCGGCAAAAAUGCAAUAGACAAUGAGCCGAAGACCAAAUUUCAUUUAGCUUAAUUAUUUAGUGAGUCUUGUAUAAACCAUACAGAAUCUGCACCCUAUAACAGAAGGGAAGAGAGCCCCGCCAGCCAUGCGGCACAAGCCGAGCGCUGUGGUGGCCCCGUGUCACUGGGUUUGGUGGCCGCUGUCCAGCUGCGAUCCCGCAGGAGGAGCGGCCAGCCCAGCGCGACCUCCUCUGCCCCGGGGAGCGCUCCCGCAGUGACAGCACCGCUGGGGAGCAGCGCUGGCAUCGGCUCCAGCUCGCCCCGUGUGAAGCUGGAACGGAGUUCUGUCAAGAUGUGCGGUGCAAACAGUAAAUCAUUGGCGUUUACUGGAGUGCUUCUCAGCUGCCUAGAAAUGAUAUUUUCAGCAAACACAGCUCCAGAUAUACCUGUUAUUGACCAAGCUUAUUCAAAACUUAGCAACAGUAUCACAGUGGAAUGGAGAGCAGUACCUGGGGCUACUAAUUACAUGCUUACUGCACAAGAUGGAGAUUCCUUUGUUGAAACUAUAGUAAAAAGUUCUCCAGGCACAGUGACGGGACUGAAGCCUGCCACCUUGUACCGAAUCACUGUCAGAUCUCUCAAUUCAGGAGGAAAAAGCCAGCCUUCACCUUUCAGAAAAGUAAAAACAGUCCUGGCUGCUCCGAUUCUGUCUGUUCAUUCUCCAAGUUGUGACUCCAUUGCAGUGAGCUGGAAAGCUGUGCAUAUGGCAGCUGGAUUCUCUGUGUCACUCAUGAGAUCAGAUGGUUUGGGCAGAAUGCUGAAGCAGAACACCACCAAUACAUCCUUGAUAUUUACAAAUCUAGAUCCAGGAACUCUCUAUACUAUCAAGGCUUAUGCCUGGAAUGCCAAUGGAAUGCCUGGAGAUGAUUUCACAUAUAACCAAAGAACAAGUCCUAAUGCACCAGUGGAUGUUAAAGUAGCUUUCAAUAGUGGUGCUUUAAGAGCUGUUGUCUCUUGGAUGCCAACAGAAGGAGCUCUAACUUACAGUGUCACAGUCUCCAGUGGACUCCUGAAACUGAGGUGUAACACAUCUUCUGCCUCCUGCGUGGUGCCGUCCCUCCAGUGCAGCUCUGAAUAUUAUGUGUCUGUCACAGCACACAACGAUGCUGGAUCCAGUGAACCCACUGAUGCAGUGAGCUUAAAAACAAUUCCUUGUGCACCAGUAAACAUAUCAAUUGAGGAGGAUGAACCUGGUCACUUGCUGGUAUCCUGGUCUAGCGUCAGUUUGGGUCAUUAUUACGUGGUUUUUGUGAAGAGUGAUGAUGGCUUGGAAGUGCACUGCAACACAUCACACACUCAAUGCCAUUUCCAGUCGGACUGUGGUUUCACUUAUUUCAUCAGUGUCUUUGCAUACAACAAGGCAGGACAGAGUCCUUUAGGUGAUGUACUCAAUUACACUACUGCUCCUUGUUGCCCAAGUGACUUCAGGGCCGUGUUCAUAUCAAGCGACACGGUGCGGGUCACCUGGGCUCCUGUUCGAGGCGCUGACCUGUACGAGACCCGAGCAGCUGGCGGCAGCGGUGUGGUGCUCUGCAGGGACACGGCCACGGCCUGCACCCUGUCGGCCCUGCGGUGCAGCGCCCCUUACAACAUCACCGUGUACUCCUUCAGCGAGGCCCGGGGAGGCAACACCUCGUGUGCUCCUCAGUACGUGGCAACAGCUCCCUGCAGUCCUGAAAUUAAAAAUAUCUCAAAGGAGGGUCUAUCUGUAAUCAGUGUGCAGUGGCAACCUAAUAAUGAAGAAGCAAUGUACGUUGUCACUGCCAGAGGAGAGGCUGGACUUUGGCAUUGCACAAGCACCAGGAAUUCCUGCACCCUAAAUGAUCUUCCCUGUGGAUCUGCUUUCUCAGUCAGUGCUAUAGCAAGAUCGCCAGCAGGAGAGAGCUUACCAAGCUACAGUAUCCCUUUAGAGACAGCUCCUUGUUGCCCUAAUGACCUGAUACUAACUCAAGUGACACAGUCAGUAACCAAUAUCAGCUGGUCUGUUGGGAGGGGUGCACAGACAUAUGUAACAACACUGGACUCUCCAAAAGGACAGGCAAAGUGUCACACACUUCAGACCUACUGUCUCCUGGGAUGUAUCACAUGUGGCACCAACUAUACAGUGUCUCUGAGAGCCAUUAGUGAGACGGGUUUGACAUCCAGCUGCACCUAUCAGGGAUAUUCUUCCAGUGCUUGCUGCCCUUCUGGGGUGAAGCUCUAUAGGCUCAGCAACAAUGGCAUCAGGGUGUUCUGGCGAGCUUCUGAUGAAACAAUAAACUACAACGCUGAUUUACGUGGCUCAAAGGGCAAUUUCAGCUGUACCCCCAGCUUGGGUCUCAGCCACUGUGAUAUCACCAAGAUACCCUGUGGGGAUGUCUACACUGUGGUGGUGGCUCCAGUGACCAACAAGGGGCCAAAGCUCACAUUCUGUCCUAAGAAAAUAUAUUCAGUCACCUGUUCUGGAAGCUCUGUUGGAAUGGUUAUUUACAGAGGAAAGGGCAAUGCAAAACACAUCUAGAUGAAAUUCUGGUUCAGAUAAGGAGGUAAGUUAUAACAAUCACAAUUCAUAUUAGAAUGUAUGAUCUAACUUUUCCUGCUGAUUAAAUCUUUGGGAUUGGAGGGAAAUGCUUCACCUGUCCUGUAUAUCACAAGUGGUUUGUUAAAAUCCAUCAUACUAACCUCUGAAAUCUCUUGUAAUUUAUUUCUAUUAGCAUUACUGAUUUGUCCUCUCCUCCAUUUGUAACAACUUUCUUUCACUUUGUUAAGCCUUCACUUCACUAUGCUGUAAUUCCCCAGAAAAGCCCUUAAAAUCCAAACAGAUAAAAAAUAUUCUUCAGCACUCAUUUACUUUCUCCUGGUGUUCUGGACUACUUUCUGCUCCUGUCUCAGAGGAAUGACAAGAAACUGCUACUGACUUUUUUCCCCCAAGGUUGAUCUCCUUUUUGCUGCUGUUCACCUACUGCUAUCCUGGAUGUUAAGGUUGUUCAUAACACCAUUCUCCCUAAAUGUUAUUUUCAGUCUUUUUUCCCCUGAAGCUGGAAAGACACAUCUGUGCUUAAGUGCAACAUUCACAGCUGCUUUAGGACUGGGAGCAGGAAAGCUGAACACCUGAGACCAUAUCUGAGACCUAAUCCAGGCAGGACCUUCUCUCAUACUCCACAGUGGUUACUUUGUCAGCCGAGUUUGAAAGCAGAGUUUAAAGUCAAUUGCUUGACAAACCUGUGUCAUCUAACAGAGUCUUUGGAAGCUCAUGUGUACAAAGGUAUCCAAAGACAACAGGGUUUCUAGCCCUAUUUUCAGCUUAUAAAAACAGACUACCCAUUCUGGAAAUUGCCUUUCUUCAGGGAACACAAUAGGUGUUAAGUAUCUCAGCCAAUGCUUCUGAUCACUUACACACAAUCUCAAGGGAAUCUCACCUCAAGGGAAUCUCACGCUUCAGUUAAGUUGCUUGUAGAUGGCCCAAGAGUUGCAUGCUGCUUCUUAAAACAUGAUCUGCAUUUAGUCACGAUCAAACAAGUCCUUCUUUAGGAAACAUUAUUUUAAACUGCUCUGCAUUAGUUACUAGAAAGUUGAUUUUAUUUCUCACUUAAUUAAAAAAAAAAUUAAACAGCCUUCUUUCUUGAGGGUUCUCUAUCAGUAUUUCUUUGCAGACAUCAUUGCCAAACACUGUCACCACAGUGUCAAGUGUUUAACUGGGCUUUAGAGAUCUAAAGCAAUUGGUUUAUUUUGGAACCAAAUUCAAGCCCUGAACUACUGCUUUUCACCUAAGCAAUUCAGAUAAUUCCAUGCUCUAACAGUAACUCUAAUGUACUUAAAGCCAUUCUAAACUGUUGGUGUAUGUUUUCUUAAUUUUCUCUGAGAAUUAACAACUCAAUUACACACGACAACAAUGCUGUAGUACUCAGCUCCUCUCUCUUUUGUCACUGAAGUGUAAUUGUACCAGAAUGUAUUAUUUGUCUGUUGGGGGAAAAAAAAGCAAAAAGCUAAAGAGGAGUAAUGAUUUCAAGAAAAAACACAUUGAUUCAGCUCUAAAAAAAUGUAGGAGAUGUAUACAAUUAACAAAGCAGUGAGGAAAAGCAACACAAUGAAACUGAGCCAGAUACACACCUCCUACUAUGGCAUUGUGUAACCUCAAGGUGUUUUUAUUCAGGCAUUAGACAUUGUCUUGUAACAAUUGUCCAAUAGUUAACACUGCUGAUACGUGAAACAGCACUGGAAUUCACUGAGCUGAUUAAAAAAUUUGGUCAGGAUUGGUUGCAGGUUCUCUCCACACUGAGGCAAACGCACGUUUAUGGGUCAUGCUGGCUUCAGAUCACAGGAAAGGACAAUUAAAUGUCACGUUUUUGUAGAUCCUGUUUCUGUACUAAUUACUCACAUGAAGCUCUGGACUUCAUGAAGCCAAAAACCCCCUAGCAAUAAAAUUCUCAACUGAACAAACAAUAAAAAUCCUACCAAAAAACCCCAAACAACCCAACCCCACUGUCUCUUGAAAGACUAGAGAACCAGGAAAAUCCCUGUUUGAAGGCUUGCAGGUAGGCAUGGAUAUGCUAAAAUGGAUGUUUUCAGAGCAGUAUCUGUGAAAUCAUGUGGACUAACUAAUUAGGUGAUUAAAACUAUCUAGGUUAUUUUAUAGUAGAUGACUUCAUUAAGGCUUACUUAAUAAAAAAUUUAAAUUCAAUGCAUAAUAGUAAAGAUGUAUUUAGUUGGAAUUACACAAAUAUGAACACUUGCAAAAACUUUGUAUAUAUUAUUUAAAAUAUACAGUAUUAAGUUUCAUCUGACACAGAAUAAUAGCUCCAAACUUAGAUUUCAAUCCACUGAAAGACCUUGCAAAAAUCUACCCUUCAGCUGAUUUCAGACUCAACCCAAAUUUACUGAGAUUGAGUGUUCUACCACCUAAAUAUUGCUGGUGAAGAGUAAAAGAGAUAACAACAACCUCAUUGCAAAACAUCAAAAGUGGCACUUAAAUGCUGUUUUACCCGGCUUAAUAGCUGGUGGUCAUCCAUACUUAAAGCUACAUGCGCUGCACAAUGGGGCAAAGGGUUCAAACAUCUAAAGCCAGCAGAAUUCAUCAAAUUCCUUCAGGUUCCCCUAAAGAGGGGAACUUGUAUGCUGUAGGAGGUUACUAAUAUUAUAUUCCAGUACUUAGCAUUGGAGCCACAGGAAAUUUCCAAGACAGAUGAGGCUUCACAAGGAUAACCACCCUAGGCUGUUAUGGACACAUGGCAUACUAUGCAAACUUCGGGUUCAUAGUGCUUCGGUCAUGGUCAUUUACCCUGAGAACUGAAGAGUGAAUGCACCGACUAAGAAACAACAGCUCUGCAACCACAGCUAAAAUUGGCAGAAAUUUUCUUCUAAUGCCCCUGAGAUGAAAGUCCAGUGCACCUGUACUGCACUGCAGCAACUGCACAGAGCGGACAGCACUGGCACCUCCACUGGCUCACCCCUGCUCAUCAGAGCUGCUUUCACAGCCCUGCAGUUCCUUCUGCUUUUUAAGGAACGGUACAUGAAAUAAUAAAAUGGCAUCAGAAGGACAAAAAGGAAUUAAGAGACUCUGGAUACAAACUGAAGAGCUGUAUGACAGUAAAUCCUAAGGAUAACUUUAGACAGGUGUCUUGAUUCAAGUAAUUGUCACAGGUCGUGGUUGGCAGUGAAUAUUGCGCUAUCCAUUACACUGCUAACUCAAUCGACCGUAUUAAAUUCAGAGGUCAAAAAGGACUACUUAUAAAAUAGGAAAAUAAAAGCACAGUCCUGAAAUUACUGCACUUGAAAAGAGAUACUGGGACGAGCCAGUCUUUGCAGAAGCUGUAGCAAAACAUUCACCAUCUUUGUUGUAGCGAGACAGUACUUGUCCAUGCUCAGGUCAAAGAUUGUCUCUCAAAUACCUGCAUUUUUUCCUGCAAAUAAACCAUUCUUUCACUGUAUUGCCCACAGCCUCAGAAGAGGAAGAGCCCUGAAGGAACAACUGGAAAUCAGGAAUCUAUUUUCCCUGACAAAACACUGGUUCUGCAGCCUCUCUGCCCAAGAACAUAUUUGUUUCAGAAACUGAAGGUUAAAAACAAGGCCAAAAGCAGCCCUCUAGACACAAACAAGAUAAAUUAAAGUUGCCCGCACUGGACAGAAUCCAUGCAAUCCCUUGGCAGACUGCAGAGACAGUUCCAGUUAUCUACUAGACAGGGUAUUUUUUUUUCUUCUCCAAUCUUAAAUGAAAGGUCAGUAUUUUAGUUUUACAUUGCAAGACAAUGAAUUUGUUGAAGCUUAAAUUUUGUUUCAAGUUCAGACUUAAAAUCAGGUAACACAAAUAUAAGCAGACAACCUUAACAACGUCAGUACUAAAAAAUGUUGACUACUAAGGAUCAUGGUGAUAAAGACCAUUACAGUUCAGAAAACAGGAAGAGAAGGGAGGAAGAAAAAAAGUUUACUUCUUGGAAUACUAUGGAAUGAAGUAUACUGUUGGAAGUCAAAACACAGUUUUCCCUGGAUGUUUAGAACAAAAUAUGCCUAGAUGACCUGCAUCACACCGAAGCAAAAGAAGGCACAAAUACUGUAUUUCUACCCUCAGGUUACUCCAUGAUUGAUUCCCACUUCAUAUUCUUCCUAUCUUGGGGCUGCAGCAUUUCUUUUGUUUGCUACAUCUUCAUUGUAAGUCACUUAUUACAUAAAAACCCUUAUUCAUACAAAGUGUCACUUGUUCUGAAAAUAAAUGUGUAGGAACUGAAGCACUCUUUAACUGGCAAUGAACGUGCAGGGAAAAGCUGACACUCAAUGCAAAGGAAUUAACUGAGUUUAUUCCAGGUGGUUCUCCUCACUGAGUAUACAAGUCAUCAGAAUUAUCUAUGAAAUAGACUUGGACGUUAAUGAUAUGAUCUUUUUCUAUAAUGCAUUUUGGUUUUUCCUUCUAACAACCUGUUUAAAAAAAAAUCUGCCCGAUGAAAUGUUCAGCACAAACUGUGAUCUUUACUAUUUGUAGAAAAUAUGAAUUAAAAAAGGACACUAUCAGUUAAUUCUUAUUUUAAAUGUUUACACUUAUAAAAUGCUUUGGAAGCUUGAAACUGAAAUCCUUUGUGAUAUUUUUCUUCUUCCUACCUCCCUCUUCCCAUCUUAAAUGCCUUUAUUAACCCAGGAUUAUCAUAAAUGACAGAGUGCAGCUGCUUAAAAACAUUAAAGGACCACAAAUGGAUAAACUAUGUUUUUUUUAAAAAAAAAGGAAGCUUACAUGGAUUUUCUUCAAACAAAUAAAAUGCAUAGAUGGCUACGGUACUCAUCCGUCAACCUUUACAGUGUCCGCUUGAGGUAGCCUUUCUACAGAAUAACUAAACAAGCCCCAACAUCAUCUAAAUCCUUGCAUCAAAACCACUAUCUCUGAAAGUCCACUCAAUUUAACACCACUGGUGAUCAACAUAAUACAUUUUAAAAGCUUUGGACAAAACAGCAGAUACAGUGGGCAUAAAUGUUAGUUCUAAAUCUGCAGCCCUCAAUGUACAUUGUACGCACAUAAAUAUCUCAGCUAUAAUACACAUUCCAGAUCCAUCCCUAAAAGCCAUACUAUUAUGGAAAGCACAGCCAUGCUAACUUCAGGAUACAAACCAUAAUUCCACGUCUACAAAAGGAAAGUAUAAUUAGUGGCAGUUUAUUGCCUCAUACAAAUUUAACCAACAUGGCAACCAUGCCAAAGGAAUUAAAACAUUUUCAGGACAUAUGUACAGACUGUACAUUUCAGAAACAUCUGAACAAUAAAAAUGCAAGAACAAUCUCGGCA